AUGUAUGCAAAGAGAAUAUCACAGGAAUUGGGUCGUCCGACACGCUCACUUGCAGGGUGGUUGGUCACCAAGUUUCUAAAGUCGCAUAACCGGAUCCUGGAGGAGAACAUGGUGCAGCUGUGUGGGAUUCAGCCCGGUGAUACAGUUCUGUAGCUGGGACACGGACCGGGAUUGGGUCUACAGUCUGCAGCCCAACUGCUCACACGACCCAAUUGCAAACUCGUAGGAGUGGACUAUUCUCAGUACAUGCACCAGAUAGCAAGAGAGCUGUUGAAGGAGCAGCUGGCUAGUGGGGAGGUGAUUCUGCAUCAAUGUGAUGUGGCCACCAUGCCCCUGGCAGACAGUAGUGUGGACAGAGUGUUCCACUGUAACUGCUACUACUUCUGGCCAGACCUGAGGAAAGGUACCUCAGAAAUCCAUAGGGUGAUGAAACCAGGUGGGCUUAUGGUUACCACGCUAAGGCUGAACAGGGUGGUACAGUUGGUAUCCACCUGGCGUCCGGAAGCAUACAAGGAGGCUCUGAGGGACUCUGGGUUCUCUGAUGUGUGGAUGGAGAACCUUAAGUAUCGUGACAUCUUUGAAGCCAUAUAUGCCACUACCUGA